AUGGCAGGAAAAGGGAAGUCCUUGAAGGAGUUGAUGUCCUCCAAGGGGAAAGGUCAGUCACCAAAGGGUCAAUCUUCGAAGGGGCCAACUCCAUCUCAGGCCAAGACCCUUCCCCCGAAGAAGAGGCCGGUGGACACGCCUGAGGAAGGCGAGGUGGCUGUCCAGCCGGCCAAGCAGCAGAAAACCACACGGGCGCCAAGGAGCAGAAGGGGCACCUCCUCGGACAGUAGGGAUGAGGGGAACCUUGCUGAAGUGCGCACUGCCCCUCGUCCAUGGGACCCAAAGUUGGAGCUGGAUGGGCUCGCCAUUCCUUACACUGCUUCGGUCCGAGAGUAUAAUCGUGGCCGGCCAGGGUACGUGGCGGAGGCCUUAGAGCAGCCCCUACUUCUUCCUCGGGACAUGGAGGCCUACAGGCGGUGCACUCAGUCCGAGCUCUUCCUAUCCCUUAAAAGGGAUCUCGCGCUGAUUACUCAGCAGGUCUUUGUGGCUGAGGAGUUUUGCCGUAAUAGCCGCAAUCUGGCUGAGGCUGAGACCCAGGCUCGGACAGAGGUGGAGAAAGCCUUGGGGUCCCUCAGGCAUGAUCACACUAAACUCACGGCUGAGUUCAAGGAUUCGGAGAACCGUCGUAAAAGUGCAGAGGCUGGCUUGAAGAGUGCCGAGGAUCAGGCAGAGGACCAGCGCAAACAACUGUACACGGCUCAGCUUAACCUUAACACCGAGAGGCAGGCAGUGCAGGAUCUCAGGACCGCCCUGCAAAAGGUAGAGGAUGAGCUGAGGCUGGUAAAAGAGGAGGCCCAGCUGAUCCGAGAGGCCACAGAGGCUGAGAAGAAUGCUGCCCGCUAG